CCACUUCAAUAUUAUAAUCUGCAUCAUCAAAUCUUUAUAUAUAGCUUCACUUUUCUCACUCUCUACACUUCAAAUUCAAAAAAAAAAAAAAAAGAAAAAUGAAUAAUCUGCCACAAAACCCUAAAAACCAUUCACACAGGGCCCAAAAGAAGAGGCUGAGCCAGGAGCAAGUGCGGCUCCUGGAGGCAAGCUUCGACGCCGCCAAGAAGCUGGAGCCGGAGCACAAGUUCCAGCUGGCGCGCCAGCUGGGCGUACCGCCGCGGCAGAUCGCCAUUUGGUACCAGAACAAGAGGGCCCGUUGGAAGAAUCAGAGCUUGGAGCUCGACUGCGGCUCGCUCCAGGUGCGGCUCGAAGCAGCCGAAGCCGAGAAGGAGCGGCUGGAGAGACAAGUCGCCAGCCUUCGAGGGGAGCUUAAACGAGCUCAGGAUUCGUUGUCGGGGUUCAGACAGCUGGCGGCGGCGCAAGCACCUCCGGUUUCGUCUCUGUCGAGUACCUGCUGCGAUGAGGGAGGCGGGAGCUCAAGCCUGAACGACGACGUGGGUUGCUCGGCGAACUGGGCGAACGGCGGCGGCGGCGGUGGCGCCGGCGACGCUUUGCAAUUUGAAGAGCUGUAUGCUUGCUUGAUGCUGGGUGCGGGAAAGGGAUCAAACACGUGUGGUCCAAUUACAGAUCAAAUAUAUGGGGUCAACGAAAGAGAUUUUAAUUUUGGGUAUAAUAUUUGAUUCAUUUUGGAUAAAACAAAAAAAAAAUGGAGAAGUAAUUUUAAUUAUUAGUUUGGGUUUGAUCAAUAAAAUGUACAAUUAUAUAUAAAUAAUUUAUAUUUAAUU